AUGGCUCUUCAAACCUUCUUCCUGCUGGCGGCAGCCAUGCUGGCCAACGCAGAGACAACAGGCGAAAAGGUCUCUCGGCAAGCACCGUCUGGCGCUCAAGCAUGGGCCGCCGCCCACUCCCAGGCUGCCGCCACUCUGGCCAGAAUGUCACAGCAAGACAAGAUCAACAUGGUCACGGGCAUUGGCUGGGACAGAGGGCCUUGCGUGGGAAACACAGCUGCCAUCAGCUCCAUCAACUAUCCUCAAAUCUGUCUUCAGGAUGGACCAUUGGGCAUUCGCUUCGGCACUGGUACCACCGCCUUCACACCUGGCGUCCAAGCUGCUUCGACAUGGGACGUUGAUCUGAUCCGGCAGCGCGGUGCUUACCUGGGCGCCGAAGCCAAGGGCUGCGGCAUUCACAUCCUUUUGGGGCCCGUUGCCGGUGCCCUGGGCAAGAUUCCCCACGGCGGUCGCAACUGGGAGGGAUUUGGCGCCGACCCCUACCUUGCCGGUAUUGCCAUGAAGGAGACCAUCGAGGGUAUUCAGUCAGCAGGCGUCCAGGCCAACGCCAAGCACUACAUUGCAAACGAACAAGAGCUCAACCGCGAGACCAUGAGCAGCAAUGUGGAUGACCGCACUCAGCACGAGCUCUACCUCUGGCCCUUUGCCGACGCCGUGCACGCCAACGUCGCCAGCGUCAUGUGCAGUUACAACAAGCUCAAUGGCACGUGGGCUUGCGAGAAUGACAAGGCUCUGAAUCAGAUCUUGAAGAAGGAGCUCGGAUUCCAGGGCUACGUUCUCAGCGACUGGAAUGCUCAGCACAGCACUGCUCUGUCUGCUAACAGUGGUCUGGACAUGACUAUGCCCGGUACCGAUUUCAACGGCCGCAAUGUCUACUGGGGCCCUCAACUGAACAACGCUGUCAACGCCGGCCAGGUUCAGAGAUCCAGACUAGACGACAUGUGCAAGAGAAUCUUGGCUGGCUGGUACUUGCUCGGUCAGAACCAGGGCUAUCCCGCCAUCAACAUCAGGGCCAACGUUCAGGGCAACCAUAAGGAGAACGUACGUGCUGUUGCCAGAGACGGCAUCGUCUUGCUGAAGAACGAUGGAAUUCUGCCGCUUUCCAAGCCGAGAAAGAUUGCUGUCGUGGGCUCCCACUCCGUCAACAAUCCCCAGGGAAUCAACGCCUGUGUUGACAAGGGCUGCAAUGUUGGCACCCUUGGCAUGGGCUGGGGUUCAGGCAGCGUCAACUACCCCUAUCUCGUGUCCCCGUACGAUGCUCUCCGGACUCGUGCUCAGGCCGAUGGCACACAAAUCAGCCUCCACAACACUGACAGCACCAACGGUGUGUCAAACGUUGUGUCUGACGCUGAUGCUGUUGUUGUUGUCAUCACUGCCGAUUCUGGUGAAGGGUACAUCACUGUCGAGGGCCACGCUGGCGACCGCAGCCACCUUGACCCGUGGCACAAUGGCAACCAACUUGUUCAGGCUGCCGCGGCUGCCAACAAGAACGUCAUCGUUGUUGUGCACAGUGUUGGCCAGAUCACCCUGGAGACUAUCCUCAACACCAAUGGAGUCCGCGCGAUUGUGUGGGCUGGUCUUCCGGGCCAAGAGAAUGGCAACGCUCUUGUUGAUGUUCUCUACGGCUUGGUUUCGCCAUCUGGAAAGCUUCCCUACACCAUUGGCAAGAGGGAGUCGGACUAUGGCACAGCCGUUGUUCGUGGGGAUGAUAACUUCAGGGAGGGCCUUUUUGUUGACUACCGUCACUUUGACAAUGCCAGGAUCGAGCCGCGCUAUGAGUUUGGCUUUGGUCUUUCUUACACCAAUUUCACCUUCUCCGACAUCAAGAUUACUUCCAAUGUCAAGCCGGGGCCCGCUACUGGCCAGACCAUUCCCGGCGGACCUGCCGACCUGUGGGAGGACGUUGCGACAGUCACUGCAACCAUCACCAACUCGGGUGCUGUCGAGGGCGCUGAGGUUGCCCAGCUUUACAUCGGCCUGCCGUCCUCGGCUCCUGCCUCUCCCCCGAAGCAGCUGCGUGGAUUUUCCAAGCUGAAGCUGGCCCCGGGUGCCAGCGGCACUGCCACAUUCAACCUCAGACGCAGAGAUCUCAGCUAUUGGGAUACCCGCCUCCAGAACUGGGUCGUGCCCAGCGGCAACUUUGUCGUCAGCGUCGGCGCCAGCUCGAGAGAUAUCCGCUUGACGGGCACCAUCACGGCGUAG